GGAUGAAGCUCGUUUUCAACGUAGCGUCACUGAAAUAUUUAUUAGUUUUUACCUAACAAUAAAUUUAUUGUUAAUAAUAUUUUGAAAAUAUUUUGUGUUUGUUGUGCAACUCGAAGUUGAAAGUGUAGUUACUUGGUGAAACUGAAAGUUGGAGCUGUGAAAAGAUAAACAUCCUAUUAAUUAAUCGCAUUUUUUUUUUUUUUUACUUUACAUCAUGAUAAAUUUUGAACAGAAAUCUAUGCAAAACUUUUCUUGUGUAUUUGAUUUAUAAGUUUAAAAACAAUAACUUGAAUUAUAUAUGUUGGACUUCCUUCAUGGUUUUGAAUUUAGGAUAGGCCUAGGCUUACUUUAAUACCGAUAAAAUUCGUUAUCAUUUGAACCUAGACCUAUGAAUAAAAUAAAGCUUCCCUUACAGGGCCUUACUGUUAUUAUUUAUAUAUAUAUAUUCGAUAAUGCUUAAGGAUUUUGACGUAUUAUUAGAUUUGUGAAUUUAAAUUUUGUAACUUUUUUGAUUUUAUUUUCAGUUGUUUAAGUGAAAUAGCACUCAUUAUUGAUAUUAAGAUUUAAUAAAUACAAUAUAAAAUAAUUUUUGCAAGAAAUUAGAAUUAGAAAUUUUUCUAGCAGAAAAUACAAAUAAUUUCAUUAUGUGUUUUGUUGCUGUGGAAAAUUAAAAAAGAACAACAAGAAUGAAAUUUCUUUAUCCAUCACAUUCCAUCGUGAAGUACGUGUAUCUAUUUCAACAGUUUCUUGCUAAAAUAUCCAAAAGAAACUUUGCUGUUCAACCUCUCACAUUUUCAAAGCCAUUAAACAUAAUAAAGUGGUCUUCCCCUAAUUCUGUUAAAUGUGGAUUAAAAACAACAACAGAAGAACCUGUGGUAAAAAAGAAAAAGAAUGUGCAAAAAAAAAUCUCAGGAGGAUAUAGAUCUAACAACCUUACCUCCUGAUGUUGCUGAAGUUGUUCGACUUCAAGGGCUUUCAGGUCGUUUGACAAAAAGUACCCGGUUUCCUGAUAAUUUGUACAUAGCUAGUACCCAAGUUGUAGAUAUUUUGACACAUCAGUUAGUAUCACAAUUUCUCAAUGAAGAAACUUAUGUCUUUGAAGCAUCUCCAGGUCUGUGUUUGUUGACAAAAGGCCUUCUGAAAGCUGGAGUUCCUCAUCUAAGAGUAUUUGAGAAAAGAGCAGACUCUCUAAGUCAAUUGGAAGAUCUUAAAAAGCAGUAUCCUUCACAGCUAGAGAUUGUUAAAGAAGACAUUCUCAAUCUUCCAAAACUUUCAGCUCGUGAUAUACACACAGGAGAUAAUACUGUUGAUGAGUUACUGAAAGGAGUGCAGCACCGUGAGUGGAAAGAACUUAACAUUGUUGUUCAUAUGGCUUCCCCAGGUAGUGGUCUUUCUUGCAAGACUUUAAGACAAGCUUACAUGACUGCCUCAGCUGGAGACAACUACAUGAAGUAUCGGAGUUCUACGGUAUUAUACAACCUCUUCUUUGAUAUGGAGCUAUUGAACAAAAUUCCAAGAAAUUAUUUCCUGCCACCAUUCAAAAGCCAAACAAAAGCAAAGAGCUUUAAAAAGGUAAUGUAUGAUACAGAAAACCUGUACCUGAUGAAGCUAACACCACAUAUAAAUCUUUUUGAAACUGUAGGACCACCAGAGAAGUUACCAGAUUUGUUCUUUUUUGUCAAACAACACUUGAUGAAAAGAAAUAGCUUAGUAAUACCAACAUUAGAGUAA